GACUGCGCACGCGUGUAUCAAGACGUUAGUGCGCGUGCUCAUGUGCGCCCUCUUCUCUCCCAGAAAACUCGCGGGCUAGCGGCCCUUUAACAUCCAUUUCUUACUAAAAUGAUUUGUGUUUUCUUAACUCUGUUCGCGUUCGUUUUCAAAACAGCAUGGACCGGAGUGAACGAGCGAACCUUCAUCGCUGUGAAGCCGGAUGGUGUGCAGAGGAGGCUUGUGGGAGAGAUUAUUCGCCGCUUUGAACGCAAGGGCUUCAAACUGGUCGGCAUGAAAUUUCUGCAGGCUUCUGAAGAACAGUUGAUGGAGCACUACUGGGACUUGAGGGGUAGGCCGUUCUACAAAGGCCUGGUCAAAUACAUGAGCUCAGGACCCAUUGUGGCUAUGGUGUGGCAAGGCCUGGAUGUAGUAAAAACAUCCAGAAGAAUGCUUGGAGAGACAAAUCCGGCUAACUCCCUUCCAGGAACCAUCAGAGGAGAUUUUUGUGUGGAAGUGGGCAGGAAUGUUAUCCAUGGUAGUGACUCAGUGGAGAGCGCGCAGAGAGAAAUCUCCCUGUGGUUCAAAGAGCAUGAGCUCAUCUGCUGGGAUGAGAGCACCGAGCAUUGGCUCUAUGCAUGAUGCCCUCCCCUGCCACUUACACAAACACAUAGAGCUUUGCGGCCUUACACAUUUCUAGUGCAGCACAUAGAAAUUUUCAUUUUUUUGAAGUGGAACUCUCCUGAAAUAUUUAUAUGAAAGGCUCAUUAUCAGUAGAAGAAAUUGCCUACCACAAAUCUAGUGAAUAGCAUGCCAGAGGUUGUCCUCUACAGUGGGGAGAACAAGUAUUUGAUACACUGCUGAUUUUUCAGGUUUUCCCACUUGCAAAGCAUGUAGAAGACUGUAAUUUUUAUC